GGUAUCGAGCGGACGUCAGUGUCAGUUGUCAGUUGUCAGUCGCGGACGACGGGCGCGUGUUGUGUACGUGUAGUAUUUCGCGGAGCUCCGAACAUGGCUCUGCUCAGACGGCUUGCGGUGAACGCGCCCCGGAGCGUACGUGUGCUGUCCUCCUCGCCACCGUCGCGGGACGACCUCGACCUGAACUUCAACAGCCCCAAAGAUGCGUUCAAAAGUAAGAAGACGAGCGAACUCGUGCGGGCGUAUUUCGUGUACCAAAUAUGCUCAGUCAACUGGCUGGUCGAGAACAAUGAUAUGUUGAUGAAGAGACUGCGCCAGGUGGUGGGCCAGCGAAUGUUCGAGUUGAUCAUGAAGGCCACCUUCUACGGCCAGUUCGUCGCGGGCGAGGACCAGAAUACCAUCAAACCUACCAUCGAGAGAUUGCGUUCCUUUGGAGUGAAGUCAAUCCUCGAUUACUCCGUGGAGGAGGAUCUGUCACAGGAAGAGGCUGAGAAGCGAGAAGUCAGUGCUUCAAUAUCAGCCUGCGGCGACAAGCAAGAGGAGGGUCAGCUCAAGCAGUACCAUGUGGAACAGAGGUUCGCUGACCGACGGUACAAGGUCACCAGUGCGAGGACCUACUUCUACCUCAAUGAGGCGUCUUGUGAGAAGAACAUGGAAGCCUUCUUGAAGAGUAUCGAUGCUGUUGCUGGCAUCACCAAAAGUACGGGUUUGAUGGCAGUCAAGCUGACUGCUCUCGGCAGGCCGCAGUUACUUCUGCAACUAUCAGAAGUGAUCAUGCGCGCCCGCAACUACAUGCAGCAGAUUGGCGGUGGUACCGGCAACGUGCUCACUCACCACAAGACCAUCGAGGACUUCCAGCGCUACUUCGGAGACCACAGCUCCAAGCCUCAGGUCCAGGAGUUCAUGAAGAAGAUCACCUCGGAUAAGGAGGGAAUCGUCCACUUGUUCCCCUGGUCGAACAUUCUAGAUGAAGACAUGAAUCUAUCCGAUUCGUUCCGAGUACCGGACCCUAAGACCGGUCAGAUGAGACGUCUGAUCUCCCAGAUUUCGCCGAAGGAGGAGGAGAUGUUCCGGAAUAUGUUGAGGAGAUUGAACCACAUCAUCAAGAUCGCUAAUGAUGCUGAUGUGAGGAUCAUGAUCGAUGCGGAACAGACCUACUUCCAGCCGGCGAUAUCUAGGAUCUGCUUGGAGAUGAUGAGGAGAUAUAAUAAAGACAAGUUCCUAGUGUUCAACACGUACCAGACGUACCUGAAGAACACGUACCAGGAGAUCCUGACGGACCUGGAGCAGGCGCAGAGGCAGAACUUCUACUGGGGAGCCAAGCUCGUGCGCGGCGCUUAUAUUGAGCAGGAGCGCGCCCGCGCGGCGGCGAUGGGCUACGAGGACCCGACGUGCGAGUCCGUGGACGCCACCACCGUCUCCUUCCACAAGUGCCUCAAGGAGAUCCUCAGCAGGGUCAAGGGCCCCAACAAGGAGCGCCUGGGUAUCAUGGUGGCGUCCCACAACGAGGACACGGUGCGGUACGCCAUCCAGCUGAUGAAGGAGCACGACAUCAAGCCCGAGGACAAGGUGGUCUGCUUCGGACAGCUGCUCGGCAUGUGUGAUCAUAUAACCUUCCCCUUGGGUCAAGCCGGCUACUCCGCCUACAAAUACGUGCCAUACGGCCCCGUAGUGGAGGUGCUGCCGUACCUCUCCCGACGCGCCAACGAGAACCGAGGCUUCCUCAAGAAGAUCAAGAAGGAGAAGAAACUCAUCCUCAAGGAAAUCGUCCGCCGGGUCGCCACCGGACAAAUGUUCUACAAACCAGUCGGGCACUACACGCCCGUGUAAAUAUACACCUUAAGUCAACGUGUUAUAGUCUAAUUUACUUUGCGGGAUGUUCGGAUGCCAAUCUUGUACGCGGUGUGUGUGAGUAGACUUCUAGUCGACAGUUGACGCGUUAGUGCAUUGAAUGAAAUGACUUGAUGCGAUUUAUCGAUAAAAUAAUUCGAUUAUUCGUUCCGUCUCUCGUAAAGAACUCGAGUAGUGUCGUUACUGCGAUUCUCAUUAUUAUUCUUUUAUCGUUAUCAUCGUAUCGAGUUCAAACUUGGUAGUAGUCUGACUGUGAUUGUUGGUAAUUCGGUUGUCUAGGAAGUUUUCCUUAAAACCUAUUUCGAACAGAUAUUUCUAAUAAGAACACAAUGUUUGUGUAGGUUAUUAUAAAACUAUUAUAGGUAAUUUAAUCGAGUUUGAUAAAUAUAACUCAGGGAUCGUAAUCUUGUCAUUAAAGUUAAAGAAGAUGUAAUUAUUAUCAUUUAAUUAAGUUUAUUUAUCAGGCUCUUUGAAUACCAAAUUGUUAAGCUUAGAAAUAAUCAUUUGAAAGAGGUUUUAUGAACCGUAGGAGCGAAGGAGGUUGCCAAUAUGGCGGAAAAGAGAAAAAGUAAAAAAAUGUGGCAUUACAAAUUUCUAAUUAUCCAAGAUUUUGAGCUUUUUAACAUGUACAUAAGUCACUAUACAUAAUAGCAACAGGUAUGCUAAAUAAAGGUAAUAAAUGAUUAUGGUCGCCGAAAUCAAAUUGGAAAAUACUUACAAAAUAAUGUAUCCAUCACAUGUACUUACUAUAAUAUAGGCUCGAUCUUGUAUUUGUUUAUAAAUAUAAAACCAGAGUUGUAAAUAUAUGUAUAAUGCUCAUUAUAUUACUUUAACUGUCAGCGUUGCUUGUAUAGUUCAAUCGAUAUUGUACACGAGAAAAUAUCGUACAGAUUAGUCGAAGAAAGAAACUCAUACAGAAUAGCCCCCUUUAAUAUAAUUAUACUAAGCUGGCCUAGUUUUGUGGGCCAUGUGAUCUCUCGUCUCUUUCUAUCGACUAUACUCCUCAUAAUGAUAUAUCUCUCGUGUGUAAUAUCUAUACAUGCAACCUCUUUAUCCGUCAAAUACCGCAAAUAAAAACAAAACUUGUCUAUACUUUGACAUUUACAUGGCAACACUGACAACAAUAUUCAUAAAUCGAAUGGAAUGUAACAAAAUGGCGAACAGUAUUGAUUGUUUAUGCUUCUUACAGUAUUUUUAUUUAUUAAAGUAUGUAUAUUAUUUAUCGACGCUUAUAUAAUUAUAGUGUUAAAAAUCGAACUUAGAUCGCUGUUUAAAAAACGUAGGAUUAAAAAUAUAAAAAAAAAACAUUAAAAAAUUUGAAGUGCGGUCGUUUGAAUUAGGAAUGCAAUGAAAUUAUUAUUUUAUAGGACAUGGUUCUACAAUAAUAAAGAAUGAUGUUCUGAUUUACGUAUUAAUUUUAUUGAUGUCAAAAAUAAUAAUAUUAGAACCUCAAUUUAAGAAAAGGCCUGCGGAAAAGCCUUGUAAAAUUUCUUGUUCUAUGGAGAAUAUUAUACAUUCGGCUAGACAACAACAUAAAAUAUGACAGCCCAACCGAUCGGGUUUUUUUCUUAUACCUAAGUUUAUGAAAGAAAUUAGCUACGACGAAAAAUAUAACUACUGAAUAUGUUAGGGCGUUGAAAUAAUGCAUUUCCAUAGUUCCGUGUACUUUUUAUUAAGUUAUAAUUGAGUUUUAUGUUAUUUAUUGUGUAAUUAAGAUAGCCCCCUGUUUCGUCCGACUUACCGGGUUGUUGCAGUGACCAAUCAAAUCUAUGUGUGUUACGUUUAAUUUGAAAAGUAAAAUAUAUGACCUAAAUCUUUGAAUUUUAGCUGCGGUACUGUAUUUAAACUUAUAAUUACCAAAAUAAGUUUUAACAUGUUGAGUUUUAGUAACAAAAAGAACAAAAAUGGUGUAACAAAACGUCGGUUUUUAUAUCGAUAAGAUCUUUUUGUUUGUUUUGUUUAUCAUGCCGUAGCUACGCUCAGUUCCUACAAAUUAGUUAGGUACUUAUAAUCCAGUCCUAUGUUUAUAAUACACUUGCCGACAUCUUUGUCAGAAAGUUGCGCAGUGCCAGUAAAAGUUGUGCAGUGUCAGACGAACGUUCUGACAUUUCACAACCAAAACAAAUAUUUUGUUGAAUUAGUCUUAGUGUAAUCAACGUGUAUUCAUUUUAAAAAUGUAAUGCAUGUGGAUUUUAGUCCUGAAAUUGUGUUUUGUUUUUGUAAACGUUUAUUUCGUCCAUGAUUUUAUUUAUUGAUUUGUAAACUGUUUAUAAAAAUUUUCCUUGCGCUAAUUAAUUAUAAUUGUGAUGCUAUUUUUAGAUUAUUUUACGGAUAGACUUUUAAUAAAGACAAAACUUGUUUUGA